GAUAAUAAUGAUUAUCAUUAUACUUAUUUUAGUAGUAGUAGUACUAAUAAUUAUAAUGCUAAUUCAAUGGAUGAUUUCAAUGACGUUGACAAACAAUGGCUAUUAUUUAAACAAAAUUUUCGUUCAAAAAAUGAUCCACUAACAAAUGAUAGACUUUACAAAAACUUAAAUGAAGAACAAUACAGGCGCUCAGUAUUUGAAGAUAAUUAUAGACGUAUUGUCAAACAUAACCAACUGUUCAAUCAGGGUAUCGAAAAAAAUCGUCAAAGUGUUAACAUGUUUUCUGAUUGGACUGAUAAGGAAUUUUACGAUUAUAAUAAACCGUUACCAAUACCAAUAAACCAACAAACAAUAUGACUA